AUGUAUAAGUGUGAUGAAGGGAGACCAGGAUGCAAGAAAUGCGCUCAAUUACGCAAACCGUGCCCAGGAUACCCAUACCAAGUCCAACUACAGAUUCGAGAUCCCCCAAAGGGUGAAGCUUCGGAUCUCAGCCCAGAAGGUCAGACUCCUGGUCCAUUCAUAUUCCCAAUCCGCCCUUCCGUCCCCGAGGAGAACCCGCCGUCUUUGGCCGCUCAUGCCGCAGACAAAUUUCCAGCCGGCAAAGUCAAGACCGAGGACGAUGCAAGUAAAUUAGCCUUGCAGAAAUUGGCGCGAAGUCAACGCUCCAUAUCUCCUCCCUUGCGCUACGACAUUCAGCACCAGUCGUUGUGCUUUUUCCUGAAUUUGUUCUGCUUCCAGGCAGGCCGACUCUAUUCCUUUCCGGUGCUCGACUUUUUACCGGCAAUGCUUCAGGAUGCCGAUCCCCGCACCUGCAUCCACAAGGCUGCAAUGGCAGUAUCACGAAUGACCCUUGCCGACAGAUACAGUGGAAACGAUGUGAGGCUCCAGACUGGUCGAGAGUAUGGCCAUGCGCUGAGUUUGACCAACGCGACUAUCCGCGACACAGUUGCCAGCAUUCAAGAUGAGACAGUGCUUGCUGUCUGGCUCCUUGGACUCUACGAGGUAAAGGUAGCAGAUAAUGUUCUUGUGACUCGACUAAAGUCUACCCAGAUGAUCAGCGUUGUGUUGAUGCACGGGCGAACAACUCCUGAGUCGCGAACCCUGGAGGAAGAGUGGCAGUCUCAUCUCUUGCAUGUCAGGGGGGCCAUGAAUUUGUUACGCCUCCGAGGAAUGUCGCAAUUCACCACGGCGCGCGGAGAGAGAAUAUUUCGUCUUUUCAAAGCCGCAAUUCAAAUGAGACUCUUCAUAUUAAACUCCGUUACCUCGAAGGACUUUGAUAAUCUCGAAAUCGACGUCUACCAAGACGAACAUGAGUUCGUGCCGUCUCAGACAGCGAACAAAGCUACUGCCUACUUCCACCGCGUUGCUCGACUUCUAGAGAAAAUCAAGCAAUUUCUCAGUCGAAGUCCUGCUCAGCUAGCCCUUACUAACACCACGGCGGAUGUGUUGUUAAAAUAUGGCGAAACAUUGGACGAAAGCAUGGCAGACUGGAGCAAGGAUGAACCGGGUUGGGAUAUGAUGAGAGUACGAGCUACGACAGCCGGCACUAUGUGGGCUCUGUAUCCAUCUCACGCGCUCUAUCACUUCUACAGUUUCUGGAUUUUCUUAUAUUGGUUGCGAUUCCUGGCUGCGCGGUAUAAGCUGUAUGAGGCUAUGAUUGAGCUUCUGAAGCUUCGCGGCAAGCCUUUGCCAAAGGACCAGGAGACUCCCUCUUCGGCCAGCAAUCUUCAGAUUUCCAAAUAUCGAGCUAUCAUUCAACUGACUGCAUCGGAACUCAUUGGUCUGACAGCAUACGCCUUAGGCGAUGUGACUCCCACCGGAGACUUCCAUUCAUCAGUAUCCGGCCAGCAUCCUAAAAAGGGAUUUCAAGAAAUCAACGUGAUUGCGGCGAUGCAGCUGGUGCUUCCCCUAAAGAUGCUGCAGCGAUCGGAACAUCUCACAGCUACUCAGAAAGGAGCAGUUGACCUUGCUAUUUCUCACAUUGGCGAUGGCUUCCGGCGACAGCCUUUGAUGUUAUUUUGA